AUGGCCAACCUAGUACCUUCAAAUGGAAUCAAGUUCAAAGUUGACGUUGUCGCAAGACACAAUACAGAGGACGACUGUUGGGUAGUCAUUGAUGGAAAAGUCUACGAUGUCACUGACUAUCUCGAGUCUCACCCGGGAGGCAAGCGGAUCCUAAUGUCAGUUGCUGGCAAGGACGCUACAGCGCAAUUCGCAAACUUCCACAAUGUGCCAAACAUACUGGCCAACUAUGCUAAAAAGCUAUAUAUUGGUGACUUGGAUCAAGAGCAUAAGGAGCCACCAAAGUAUCAAGGAGAUCUAUUCGGAAACUUGUUACCAUACUCCGAACCCAAUUGGUAUCAUUCCUGGAAAUCCCCGUACUACAACGACUCGCACAAAAAGCUACGCGAGUUUAUGAGAAACUGGGUCGACACUGAGCUGAUGCCCUACAUCGAAGAGUGGGACAAGGCAGAACAGAUUCCCAAGUCUAUGAUUAAGAGAUUUGGCGAAGUGGGCAUUUUAGCUGCCUUCUUGGAUUACGGAAAAUGGAGAGGUAACGAAUUUGGCAUUCCACCUCCCGGAGGAAUCACGGAAUCUGAAUGGGACGCCUUCCAUGGUUUGAUUUUACGUGACGAGCUUGGAAGAAUUGCUAGUGCUGGUGUCAAAUGGGCUAUGGUCACUGGCCCAGCUUUGGCUUUACCCACAAUCCUAAACUUUGGUACCAAAGAAAUGCAACAAAGAAUCAUAGGACCCGUAGUCAGAGGCGACAAGGUGAUAUGUUUGGCCAUGACGGAACCAUAUUCUGGAAGUGACGUCGCUGCCUUCCAAACCGUGGGUGUCAAGCAACCUGAUGGAGGGUGGUUGGUGUCUGGAGAGAAGAAGUUUAUUACGACUGGUGUUUGGGCCGAUUACUUUGUCAUUGCCGUCAAAACCGAUCCAAAAGCCGGCGCAAGCGGAAUGUCUCUACUGCUCGGCGAACGUGGUUUCCCUGGACUCAAGACUAGAGGUUUCAAGGUCCAAGGGUGGGCUGGAAGUGGUACUGCCUACGUUACAAUGGAGAACAUGAAGAUACCUCCACAGAACUUGAUUGGAAAAGAAGGCAAUGGAUUCAGACAGUUGAUGCACAAUUUGAACUUGGAACGGUUGCAAGGACAGGCAGGAGGUGUACGAUCAUGCCGAGUGCUGUUAGAAGAGGCUAUGAAGCAUGCCUUAACAAGAAAGACUUUUGGCCAAUUCUUAAUCGAGCGUAAGUGA